CGUUAUCGUCUUAUUUUCUUCAUAACGUGAACGUAACCUUACUUUCUUUAAUCUUCAGCUGCACUGGAUCUGUAGUGUAUUCCACUCCUUCAAUUCUAGGCUUGGAAUCUUUUACAUUCUCGAUUGUAGAUCAACGAGUUUCCAUUCUUUCACCAUGUUACUUCAAAAGACUAUUAUCGCCCUAACGCUAGCGCUUGCAUGCGAGUCGUCCAUUAUCCCAGAGGUUGGAUAUGGUCUGGUAGCCCGUCAGAACGGAUUUGGUGGGAACAACAACGCGGCUAAUAAUGGAGGGAACAAGGGAGGGAAUGGCGGAAACAAUGGAGCUGCUGCUGCUGCCUCGGCGGCUGCUGCCAAAGCCAGUGCGAGUGCUGCUGCUUCGAAAGCAAACAACGGAGGUGGAAAUGGCGGAAACAACAAUGCAGCUGCUGCAGCAACUUGCUUGAACGCGAAAGCGGUCCAGACUGGAAGUGCCUCGGACGGAAAUCAGACUCCAGCAGAUGGUCAAGCCGCUUCAGCGACAGACACUGCCAACUUCAUCAACUUCUGUAGCGGUCAGACACUGACUAAUGGGUUGCAAGUGAAGCAAGGAUCGUGUAAUGGCAUUGUUAUGGGCAAGAUUCCUUCCACAGCAAAUAUGAUAUCAGGCAUAAUCACCUCCCCAAAGCCCGGAGAGAACAUUGCCGCCAACAAGGACUUCACAAUCUCCAUCCAAACCAAAGGUCUCACAGCCGGUUCCUUCACCAACGCCGCAGCUACAUACUAUAGCGCGCCUCAAGACUUGGCUUCCAACGGUCAGGUUAUCGGCCACACACAUUUGACGGUCCAGGAUCUGGGCAACAGUCUUCAGCCUACAACAGCACCUGACCCAACAGCAUUCGUCUUCUUCAAGGGCGUCAACGACGCUGGGAACAACAAGGGACUUCUAAGCGCGACGGUUACGGGAGGACUUCCUGCUGGUAACUACAGAGUGUGUAGCAUGACCAGCUCAAGCAAUCAUCAACCUGUUCUUAUGCCUGUGGCUCAGCGGGGUGCUCAAGAUGAUUGUCAGAAGUUCACCGUGGGAGCUGCUGCGGGAGGAAACACCAACGGCAAUGCCGCCAAUGCGAACAACGGAGGAAAUGCUAAGACUGGUGGCAAGGCCAAGAGCCGAAGAUUCAUCGAAUAGAUCUUAAGUGUAGGCAUCGAUGGGUUGAGCUCAUUCCCGUCUCUCGGCGAAAGAUCCGGUGUUGUUAUGGGGUGGUGGCAGACAACGGUUUCGGUGACUGCUGUAAAUUCUUAGAAUAAUGACACUUGCUAUUGAACAUUCCAUUGUAA